AUGUCACUAAUCUCUAUAGUUCCUUUCAGAGCGAUCAACAAUUUUGCAUCUAGUGAAGAAGAAGAUGAUGAUUAUGGUUAUGAUGAUUAUGACGAUUUUGAUUUCGACGAACAAUCGAGUGAUGACGAAAUAGACAAAAGAGAACCAAAGUACACAAAUGAAAGGUUGGAGCAAGACAAAGAGAAACUAUUCGAAGUUUUAACAGACACUUUGAAAAGUUUUAAAAAGAUUGGUACUUUUCAUUGUAAAGGAGAAGAAGAGGUUGCACUACCGAGAAUUGAAAUAAAUGAUGUUGGUGUUUUAGCAUUCCCAGUGCAAGUAAGUCAAGUGAAACAUAUCAUUGAUAAAUGUAUUAAAGCUCCAUUUGGAAAAGGAACUGAAACUAUUACCGAUACAAAGAUCAAAAAUGUUUGGCACCUAUCACCUGAUUCUUUUAAGCUAAUUGGUGGUGAUCAAUGGAAUCAAUUCUUUAAGAAAACACUCAAGAGGGUUGGUGAGAAGCUGGGACUUGAAGAGACAAAGAUCGAAGCAGAAUUGCACAAGAUGUUGAUCUAUGACAAAGGUUCAUUUUAUAAGCCACAUAAAGACAGUGAGAUAGAUGAGAGAAUAUUUGGAACAUUGGUCAUAUCAUUACCAUCUGCUCAUUCUGGUGGUUAUCUCAUUCUUCAACAUGCUGGAAAGAGGGUCACACUCUCGCUGGAAAAUCACAGUUUGUCAACCAUUAAAUAUGCUGCAUUCUAUUCAGAUAUCAAACAUGAGGUCCGAAAAGUCUUUGAUGGAUAUCGUGUUUGUUUGGUUUACAAUCUUUGUCGAUCUGGUAAACUCAAUAACGAUGACUUGAUCACAAAGAAACUAAUAGUCAGACAGGAAGAAACACCAAGUGUCAAACAAGAAGGCAAUGCACUGAAGAAACAAAAGAUGAACGAUGUCAAGAAAGAAGAACAAGAAGAGUAUAGUAGCAGCAGUGAAGAAGAAGUUUUCAUUAUACCUGUAGAUUCAGUAGCAAUCAAGAUUAUGGCAAAGAUUCGUAAAUAUUUAUCGAUGGCUUUUCGAAAUCAUAAUCGUUUGGUUUACAUCUUUGAAGACGAAUACACUGAGGAUGAGUAUUCCGUACAAUGUCUCAUAGGAAAAGAUAGAAAGCUGGCAAAAGCUCUACUCGAAGCUGCAAGUGGUACUGGUUAUACAUGUCUCUUUGGUAGCCUGGAAAUGAAAGAGGAAGGAUAUCUAGAAAGUGGUUAUCAAUAUUACGGUGAAACAUACCUAAGAGAAGGAGGAGAUUUCGAUAUCGAAGAGUCCAAUGUAUUUUUUACGUUUAAGAAGUUGAUCGAUGCUAGCACAUAUGAUAGUUACGAUGGAUUGGAUUUCCAAGUGGAUGAAUCUAACAUAUUCCCUUCAUUCGAAAAACAUCGGAUCAGAUGGGAUUAUCCAACCGUAGCUCACGAUGGAGAAAAAGAAUGUUCUGCCUUUGUGAGAUUUUAUCGUCACAGUGCAAUCGUUUUGGUAAAGGACCUUGAAACGAAUUUGUUCGAUAUGACAAAUGGUGAACAAGCAAAGAAAUAUGUUCGAAUAAAAGACACACUUGAAUCUGGAUGA